UUUUUCGAUUCCUUUCUUUUCAUUUCCUUUAAAGGAUUUACAAUGCAAAAUGUUCAGCUACAGCAAUGCCUUCAAACUUUACAUAAUCAAAUAAUUACUGGCAAUUGUUUAAUAGCUGAGCUUUAUCGAUUAUCCUUGAAUACACCCUUCGAUUUUUUAAAUUUUCAAACGUCACGCUUUUCAAAAUUGUUAAUUGACUUUUCCUAUUUUGAGAAUCGAGCGUCUUUUGACAAAUUUACUGAACAAACAGAGGAAGGACGACAAUUGGAAGAGAAAUUUUUUGCUGAUUUCACACCCUUUCUAAACUCGUUUGCGCGUUUUAUUGACCAACUUUAUUCUUUUCUUACGGAUUUUAUUGAUUUCUCAAGAGAAUAUGUUGACUACUGGCGUGAACUUUUUACUCGUUUCAAAUGUCUUGACGAACUUGAGCUUCUUAGUGCACAACUUUUAUACAUUUUGGGGCUGUUAUUGGUUUAUUUUCUUAAUUUUUAUUUUACUUUUUUCUCUAGAAUGGAUUUUGAAGCUAGCAAACUUGAAAUACUUGUAAAUAUCUGUAGAAAUCGUCGGGAGCCUUUUGAGUUUUGUUUAGCAACGCUCGGAAUUAACAUUCAAUUUAUUAGUCAAAUGAUUUUAUUUUUGCGGUUUUACAAAGGCCCAAAAAUUGGAUGGUUAGAAAAUUGUGUCUAUAUUUGUUUAUAUUUUGAAGAUGGCCAUCAAACUUUAAAAAAUCAAUUUUCUAUUAUGCGCCAAUUAAUUGAUAAUUAUUUUAAUGAUCGCUGGAUUUUGCAUUUUCAUGUUGAUUUUAAAGUAAAUUUACACGAAAAAUGGGAAGGGUAUAAAGCGGCCAGUGCUGCUCUCCAAAAUGUUCGAGAAUUGUGGCCUAUUUCUAAAUUGGCUUUGUCUCAUCUAAAUAUUAUUCAAUCACCUCGUUUUCCGUCUGGUCUUUUAAGUUUGGAAAAAUUUGGAAAUUAUAAGAAAAUAAUUGAUGAAUUUAAUACAAGUUUAAAAUGGCUAAUUUUGCAUAGUUCUCCAAAAGUCAAUCCAAAAUUAAAUUUAUCUUCAUUAAUUAAAAAAGAUGUUUUAUUGGAAGCACUCAAAAAAUUGGCACAUUUUGAAUUUAAAUUGAAACAGGCAGAAAAUUAUUUACGUUCUAAUUGGAUUGAGAGUAUAGAAAAAUUAAAGCAGAUAAUAGUCAAUAAUUUAUCUCAAAUUAUUGCGUUUUUGCCCAAUUCGUCUUUAGAUUCAGAAAAUGCUAAAAGGACAGGACGUAUUGUCACUUGGUUAGAAUCUGUUCGUAGCAGUAUUAAUCAACUAGAAACAAAUUCCUCUGACAACGAUAAAUCAAUUCAAUUACUCGAAAAUAUAUGUACAAGAAUAUCUUCUGUUACUUCUAAUCAACUUUCUUCAGAAAAACAACAAAAUUUAAUUUUGCACCAUUCUUUGGAAGUUGCUAAUUCUGAUCUUCGACGAUUACAAAAUAUUUAUUCUAUUAAUGUAAAUGAGAAUAAUGAUGCUGGGAAGGAGAAUUCUUUAUGUCAAUUAACCGACUCUUCUUCAAUUUAUUUAUUUCUUUUUGUUGAUGAAAAUUGUUCACUUAUUGAAAAACUUCUACGGGAGGAUCCCCUUUCUGUUCGUUUCAUUUUUCUCAAAUUGACAGCUUCUGUGCCUGGAUUGUUUAUUCAUGGACCUUCAACUAAAAUACCUGAAUUAUUUGCCAAAAAACUUUCUUUCUUUUAUUAUAAAGUUUUGGAAGUUAAAUUACGUUUAGUUGUUCAGGUUUGCAAUUCCUCGUGCUAUUUUUGA